CUAUAAGUGAAGAGACUCCAGUGAGAGUGAAAAGAAGAAACUGUCACAGCUCUGCUUCACUUCAUACACACACUCACACACACUCACAGGCGCGUAUGCGCGCACACACACACACACACAUUGCUCUGGACUAAGGUUUACCUGCUCAGAGCGACACCCCGAGAGACUGCGUGGUUCCUGCCGGUCGACAUGGCGUCCUCCAACAGGCAGCUGACGUCCUUCUUCAUUGAAGACAUUCUGUCCAUGAGAGAAGAGAAGGGAGAAGAGAAGGGAGAAGAGACGAGGGGAAGUUCAGCUGAAAGUCAGAUCGACUCACGGUGCUGUAAAGACGGAGGAGAAAACCAGGACGCUCUCCUGAUAGCCGCGCUAGCCACAAGACCUGCUUCACCCGUCGACUCGUGUACGUCGGAAAGGACAAACUCACUGACAGAAGCGGCGACACACGCAGACGAGCCGAACCACACGCACACUCUGGCUCAGAAGCAGAAGCGCUCGCGCGCCGCCUUCACGCACCUGCAGGUGCUCGAGCUGGAGAAGAAGUUCAGCCGCCAGCGCUACCUGUCCGCACCGGAGCGCGCGCACCUGGCCAGCGCGCUGCGCCUCACCGAGACCCAGGUGAAGAUCUGGUUCCAGAACCGACGCUACAAAACCAAGCGGAGGCAGCAGCUGGAUUGUUACCGGAAGUCGGAGGGGAACGCUGCCGUCGCAGCCGCCGCCACGGUGGACGAGGACUUGCUCAGAGCGUCACUGCUCGCCACGAUGUACACGUGUUAUCCGUAUCGGCUGUGCGUGUACGAUCCACACAGACACGGCGCGUGGAGGCCGACGGUGUGGUGACAGGGACACGGGGGAGGCUUUAAAUUAAAACUGUUCAUGUAGCUAAUGUGUUUUAUUAUAUCUUGUACAGCUUUGUAUCCAUAAAUAAACAUAUGUUUUUUUAAGUAAUGUAUAUUUUUCAUACGCAAUACAUUUAUUAUUAUUAUUAGUAGUAGUAGUAGAAGUAGUAGUAGUAUAUUAUUAUUAUUAUUAUUAGUAGUAGUAGUAGUAGUAGUAGUAGUAGUAGUAUAUUAUUAUUAUUAUUAUUUAUUAGUAGUAGUAGUAGAAGUAGUAGUAGUAGUAUAUUAUUAUUUAUUUAUUUAUUUAUUUAUUUAUUUAUUAUUAUUAGUAGUAGUAGUAGUAGUAUAUUAUUUAUUUUUUAUUAUUAUUAUUAGUAGUAGUAGUAGUAGAAGUAGUAGUAGUAGAAGUAGUAGUAGUAGUAGUAUAUUUUUAUUUAUUUAUUUAUUUAUUAUUAUUAGUAGUAGUAGUAGUAGUAGUAGUAAUAGUAGUAUAUUAUUAUUAUUUAUUUAUUAUUAUUAUUAGUAGUAGUAGUAGUAGUAGUAGUAGUAGAAGUAGUAGUAGUAUAUUAUUAUUAUUAUUUAUUAGUAGUAGUAGUAGUAAUAGUAGUAGAAGUAGAAGUAGUAGUAUAUUAUUAUUAUUUUUAUUAUUAUUAUUAUUAUUAUUAUUAUUAUUAUUGACACAUAUUAUUAUGUGGCAAUAAUUAUUAUUAGAAAAAUUAUUCUAAUUGUGUAAAAGUACACAAAGACAUUUUAACACUUUUUCAAUAGAUUGGCUGGUUUCACCUCCUUAGAAGCACUUUGCUUACACACCUGGUGAAAGACUUUUUCUCUGAAAGGCGACGGGAUUUUAUUUUUUAUUUCUUUGCCAUAUCAUUCACCACUAUUACUAAUUGAGAUAUGGUUAGUGAUAUAAACAUAUAUAAACAUAAACAAGUAUAUAUGUAACUUAGAGAAUGUUGCAGUGUUCCAUUCUGUGCCAUUUAGCUGACUUGAGCCUUGAUUUUAAUUUUAACAUUGCUAGAUUUAGCACUGCGUUAUAUUGCCGCAUUCUUUAAUUCAGGUUUCCUUCAUGAACGCACAUUACACUACAACAUACACUGAAGCACUCAAAGAUUAUUAUUUAAAUAUUUCAUAAAAAAUGUAAAAUCAUUCAUU